AUGGAUAGGCUUUGCUUGAAGAAUCUUGGUGAAAACAAAGUAAAGGGUCGGGGCUCGCGGGCCCGGGCAAGAGACGAGACCCGGGACGAGUACGUGAAGGCCUACAAGGUUUACCCGAGCGACGAGGACAGAGGCCGAUGGGUGGCCGAGCCUGGGAUAGACAAAAAGGCCUCGGCUUAUAUUUCGUUGACUACCGAUCGAUGGGAAAAACUUGCUGUGGCUAACUAA